ACCAGCCCUGGUGGCGGCACCAUGUCGAACCUCCAGGUCCUGGCUCGUCGCUGCCCCGUCAUGAGCAAGGCUCUGGCCGUGCAGAGUGCCCGCCUGGCCCACACCAAGCGGUUUACCUCUUAUACUGCCGGCGUGGCGGGUGUGAGCCCCAAGCAUCUUCGUUCCACUGCGGGCAAAAGGGCGUUGCAUUCGACUGCUGGCAAUGGCGCCGAUGUGACCCCCAACGUCUACAAGGAGUCUCAGCGAGUUCAUCCCGGGCUCUCCGGUGUUAAGCAGCGCUUCGAGCCUCCUGCUGCCACUGCGCCUGGCCCUCGUCCCCAUGCGCCCGCCACCGCGCCGUUCAACUACAAGGCAUUCUACCAGGCUGAAUUGGACAAGAAGCACAAGGACAAGUCGUACCGCUACUUCAACAACAUCAAUCGCUUGGCCAAGGAAUUCCCCCGCGCCCACACGGCCUCCCCCGAAGAGAAGGUGACCGUGUGGUGCUCUAACGACUACCUCGGCAUGGGCCGUAACCCCGAGGUCUUGAAGUCUAUGCACCAGACCCUGGACACCUACGGAGCCGGUGCCGGAGGUACUCGCAACAUUUCCGGUCACAAUCAGCACGCUGUGGCUCUCGAACAGACCUUGGCUAAACUACACAACAAGGAGGCGGCGCUGGUCUUCAGCUCGUGCUUCGUGGCCAAUGAUGCGACGCUGGCGACUCUGGGCAGCAAGAUGCCUGACUGUGUUAUCCUAUCCGACAGCCUCAACCACGCUUCCAUGAUCCAGGGUAUCCGCCACUCGGGAACUAAGAAGAUGGUGUUCAAGCACAACGACCUGGUCGACCUCGAAACCAAAUUGGCGUCUUUGCCCCUGAAUGUUCCCAAGAUCAUCGCUUUCGAAUCCGUCUACAGUAUGUGCGGAUCCAUUGCCCCCAUCGAGAAGAUCUGUGAUCUGGCCGACAAGUACGGGGCUAUCACCUUCCUCGAUGAAGUCCACGCUGUGGGCAUGUACGGACCUCACGGCGCAGGAGUGGCGGAGCAUCUCGACUACGAUAUCUAUGCGUCUCAGGAUACGGCCAACCCUCGUGACACCAAGGGCACCGUGAUGGACCGGGUCGACAUCAUUACCGGCACCCUCGGCAAGGCGUACGGCUGCGUCGGUGGUUACAUCGCGGGAUCGGCGGCCAUGGUUGAUACUAUCCGCUCUCUCGCCCCCGGCUUCAUCUUCACGACCUCGCUGCCUCCCGCAACCAUGGCCGGAGCGGACACCGCUAUCCAGUACCAGGCCCAGUACAAGCGUGACCGCGUCCUGCAGCAGUUGCAUACCCGUGCGGUCAAGGAAUCACUCAAGGAGCUGGACAUCCCCGUGAUCCCGAACCCGUCUCACAUCAUUCCUCUUCUCGUCGGUGAUGCGGAGGUGGCCAAGCAGGCGUCUGACAAGCUGCUCGAGGAACACGGUAUCUACGUGCAGGCCAUCAACUAUCCGACUGUUCCCCGCGGCGAAGAGCGUCUCCGCAUCACGCCCACCCCCGGUCACGUCAAGGAACACCGCGACCAUCUGGUGCAGGCUCUGCAGACCGUCUGGAACGACCUGGGCAUCAAGCGCGCCAGCGACUGGAAGGCUCAGGGUGGCUUUGUCGGUGUUGGCGUGGAAGGUGCCGAGGCCGCGAAUCAGCCCAUUUGGGAGGAUGCGCAGCUGGGCCUGCAGGCCAACGAGACCGUCGAGGCUGCCGUGGAGCGGGAGUUCCAGGGUGCCGCUGCCGAGGCUCUCACCCAGGCUGCUUCGCGCAUGCAGACUGCCACUCCCAUCCGUCCUGCUGCCGCGGCCGCCUCGAUCCCUGUGGGAGUGGUUGCUUAAAUCCCUAUCCAACAUUCGUCUUCUUGAAAUGGUAGGGUAGGGUAGGGUGUGACCAUCGCCUUGAUGGCACACCACGUGAAAUCGUUGUUAAUUCUUCUAUCCGCUGAGGGAAACCACCCCAGCAUGGCCAUAUGACCAGCUAAUUGGACAUUUGCCGAAUCAUAAUUUGAACAUGGGAGGCGGACAAAAGACACUAAGUGAACCGGCCUGUCGUUACCGAUGAUCACUGGGUUCAUGUCUCUUCCCCUCCUCUUAUCUUCUUCCUCUCAA